CACAUUUGUUCUCUCUUUUGGAUUCAUCAAAAGAAAAGUCCAUGGCAUAUUCACAGAUUGUCAUAUUUUGUCUGUUUGGCGUUUGGCCCAUUCCAUAAAUAUAAACAAAUCGAAAUUAUCUCAGAAAUCGUUUUGUUGUGAAUUUAACUGAUUUUCGCUGAAAAUCUGAUAAGAAAUGGGCUCAGAACAUUCAAGCCAUUUGGCUGCUAAUUCGGGGACGCCUAAACGAAAUCAACUGAAAUCGGUUAUGAGACGACAACAUACUAUAGCAAAUCCUGGCUCAAGUGCUCAAGAACAUCCUGUUCCCACUGAAGGGGCCGAAAAUGGAAGAUGCAUUUCGCCAGGCCCGAGUGUCUGUAGUGAUACGGAUCUUCCAUAUAUCAGCUAUACAGUGAACAGACCUAUAGGGGAUUCUCCUAAAUUGGCCAAUAAACAGCUAAUAAAAAGUAAAUCUACAACUGCGCGUAAGUCACAAGUGACCAAGCAGCCCCGGAAUAAAAAUGCGCGGAAUAUUGUGGUUGUUAGAGGGUUGGAGAAUAAUGUGAAUAAUGUGGAUAAAGAUCCUGAUGUUCAGAAACUGCAAAGUAUACCGAUGUUUUUGCCAGUAAUGAGGGCAACGUUAAGUUUACCUGCAGCCAGAGAUCCAGAAGUGUUAGAAAGACUUGAUCCAACUCCUUUACGCAAUCUAUGCUUACGAUAUCAACAUCAUCUUACAGCAGCGGCCAAUUUGGUCGCCACUGAACAGAAUCAAUUAACCCAAAGAGUUCGGGAGGUGGAUUCCGACAUAGGAAAGAUGGUGAUUCUUGCAACCGAUCGACAGAAAAAAUAUGCAAAAUAUGCGGACAAAUUGGGGAAAGUGCAGGAAUUGUCUCAUCAGUUAAAUCGAUGCCAUAUGCUGCUCAAUCAGACAUUAGAAAGUAUGGAAACUUUGAAUAAUUAUCUGAGCAUUGAAGACCGACUUGAGCCGUUUGUGUGGACAACUGGAUGAGAUUCGGCUGAAUAGGUCGGCAUUGAUCUGUUAUUUAGUCUGAAUUUACUAGCGGCGAAGACUACAGGGUUUGCGGCCGAAAACUUCAGUUUUAUUUAAAAAUAAUCACCUUUUAAUUGUUCAGUUGUUCUUCUGGGUUCGUCGUUUCUUUAAUUAGGAAAGACACAAUUUUUUAUAUUUGAAAGGUGUUUUUUUUGUGAAAAGUUUAGCUAUCGGACAAAUACAGAAAAUUAGUAGCUAGUUUAAUCAACCGAUUUUCGUAAACUGCUAAUUAAAAUGAGUGGAAAGUUUCGUUGUCGUGGCCUGUAAUUUUUUUUUUACAAUAGACUUUCUGUGAUAUGAGUUUGAUGACAAAGUUGUGGUUUUGUUGUGAUCAGCGUUUGAAGUUAAUUCGCUUGAAUACCUUUAGAACCUAAAUAUUAACGUGUUAAAUUUUUAUUUUUAUGUAAUGUGUAAUUUUUACUAGAAUGUAUGAAUAUACGUGUAUAUAACAUA